AUGUCCGCAAAGUCGCGAUUCACAAGGCUCGACGCCUUCGCCAAAACCGUCGAAGAUGCCCGCGUUCGCACAAAGUCCGGUGGCUUCAUCACAAUUGCCUCCUUGUUGAUUGUCAUGUGGCUCGUAUGGGGAGAAUGGGCCGAGUACCGACGAAUCGUGGUGCUUCCCGAACUAGUCGUCGACAAGUCGCGAGGUGAGAGGAUGGAGAUCCAUUUGAACAUGACAUUCCCCCGACUGCCAUGUGAGCUCUUGACCUUGGACGUCAUGGAUGUCUCCGGUGAACAGCAAGUCGGCGUCGCACACGGCGUGAACAAGGUCCGCCUGUCCCCGCACGCAGAAGGAGGCAAGGCCAUUGAAGUUCAAUCCUUGGACCUGCACUCCCCUUCAGAUGCCGCUAAGCAUCUUGCCCCGGACUACUGUGGUGGCUGCGGUGGCGCCCAGCCCCCAGCCAAUGUGAUCAAACCUGGUUGCUGUUCCACUUGCGACGAAGUGCGCGAAGCCUACGCCGAGAAGCAAUGGGCCUUUGGCGACGGCGGCAACAUCGAACAGUGUAAGCGUGAGGGAUUCGCUGACAAGCUCAACGAGCAGCGUCGCGAAGGAUGUCGGAUCGAGGGUGUGCUCCGUGUGAACAAGGUGGUUGGAAACUUCCACAUCGCGCCAGGCCGUAGCUUCACGACCGGAAACAUGCAUGUCCAUGAUCUGGACACCUACGUUGUGCGCGAUGCGCCGCCAGCCGAUAAACACACCAUGUCUCACUACGUUCACGAGCUUCGCUUCGGUCCCCAGCUUCCUGCUGAGCUUGCGGACCGCUGGCAGUGGACUGACCACCACCACACUAACCCGCUUGACGAUACCAAGCAAGAGACCGACGAGCCUGCGUACAACUUCAUGUACUUUGUCAAGGUGGUUUCCACCUCAUACCUGCCCUUGGGAUGGGAUCCCCUCUUCUCAGCCUCUAUCCACAGCGCCUAUGACAAGGCCCCCCUGGGCUCUCACGGACUUGGAUACGGCUCCCAGGGCAGUAUCGAGGCGCACCAGUACUCAGUGACUUCGCACAAGCGUCCUCUCAUUGGCGGUAACGAUGCUGCCGACGGCCACAAGGAGCGUGUGCACGCUGGUGGUGGUAUUCCCGGUGUCUUCUUCAACUAUGAUAUCUCUCCCAUGAAGGUUGUAAACCGCGAGGCUCGCCCAAAGACUUUCACUGGCUUCCUCACCGGUGUUUGUGCAAUCAUUGGUGGUACUCUGACAGUUGCUGCCGCUCUGGACCGCGGUCUGUAUGAGGGCGCUAUGCGUGUCAAGAAGAUACACUCGAACUAA